AUGACGCUUGACAUGUUGGAAUUGGCAUUCUGCCGUUGGGCUCAUGAUCCACAGCCGGCGAGUACGAGUCCGCCCACAGCAACAGCAGCAGCGCCAACGUACGACACCGCAGUGACCAUCGCUCCAUUCGCAGAGGCCGACGAAGGAGUAUUACCCGAAGAACUCGAAGCAGGAUUACUUGCACCUCCAACAAGUGAAGACAGCGAAGAUGCGGUCGGGCUGGAAGAGCUUCCAGCGCUGGAUCCUUGCGUGAGAGGAAUUUGCGUCCCGGCUGUGCAGGUCGUUGGUGCAGUGGAGGCCAAAUUGAUCAUUGGUGAAGAGCCUUGGCAACAGAUGAGCUGGUCAGCAGAGAAACCGUUUGAGCUGUGA